AUGCUCAGUGUCUGUUCAGAAGAGCCAGGAAUUGAACAGCUUCUCUUGACCUCUGACCUGCAGUCUCUAAUCGCAGCAACAGCCUCUCUCUGGGAACAGGGCAGCCCGUCCUGGAAAGGACCCACAAGCUGUGUCCUGCGAUCGAUUUCACAGGUCCCAACUCAAAACACCAUUUCAUACCUGCAAGCUACAGAGUGUGUUAAAAUGUCCAUUCAAAACCUGUCAAAAGUGAUGGACUCCUUGCCACCAGGUGAUGUAUGUGAAGCUCUGAACAUCCUCCUGUGGUUUGUGAAGAACUCCUGUGCAAUCUCCCCAGCCUUGCUUUCAGAGUUUGAAUACAACGGGGGGUACCAGUUGCUGCUGAACGUUUUUCUCAGGUAUGACGGGUCCCUGGAGGCCAAAGAAGACACGAGUCUCCAAGAAACACUGGACAUCCUGAUGCAGCUCACUGUCUGUGGGCAAACAGAACUGAAGGUUUCAGGCAUCGUGGCCCAUCCUCAGCUGCCACAGUUCAAUGAGGAACAACCGCCUUCCACUGUGAGAAAUCUGAAGGCUUUUCAGGUGCUGGAAUCCGUCUAUUUGAAGACCAGCAACCCGGCCCUCAGCCAGCAUAUCUUGCUGGCCAUAAAGUCCAUCUGGACUUGGGAUCCCAUGAACUUCUUUCUCCUCGAAUGGUCUCUGCAGCCCAUGUCUCAGUUUGUCAGCCUCCUCCCCCUCAAGCCGCCCCCAGUUCAAACUCAGUUCUUCCAGAUGAUUGAAUCGAUAAUUCUGGAUCUGUCCUAUAUCCCUCACGAUAUCCUGAAGAAGGUUCAGGACCUGAUCAAGGAGAAUUCUGACCCGCUCGGCACCUCUGCAGCCCUGCGCUGCCUCUGGAACAUCAGCCAAAAGGACAUGCUCUUUACAGACAUCUUCCGAGACUCGGGUCUCUUGGGGAUGCUGCUGGCGCUACUGCGCAAAGAGGCAAAGAUACUAAGGAGGAAAGGUGGGGCCCAAGUACCUGGAUGCCCAGGUCACACCCCAGAAAGAGAGCUCAUCAGCAGAAUGCUGAAGAUGGUGGCCGUCCUCCUGGUGGGGUCUGUGAGGAACACAGGUAAGAGAAGCCCCAAUUGCUCUUGCAGAAUAGGUGGAAUGUUGGGUGCUGGCUACAGAGGAGUGUUGAUCGAUCCGCAAGAAAUAGUUGUUCAGGUUGCUCAUCUGAGUGUGCAUCGCUGUAGCACCACCUUCUGGUGUGUAACACAGAACAGCUUGGUUCUCCGGGAUUACGGGAUGGUGCCCUACAUCAAGAUUUUUCUGGAUGAUCAGCUGUACCGAAGCGACACUCUGACCGUUCUGGAGCAGCUGUCGGUGGUGAACCCCGAAGAGUAUAUGAGCAUCAUAGUCGGGGCCCUUUGCUCCUCCACCCAAGGGGAACUGGACUUCAGGCUUGAUCUGCUGAAGUCUCUGCUGAGGAUGCUGGAGCAUCCCAGGGGCCGCUCAGCUUUCCGAACCAGCAGCGGCUUUAACGGACUGCUGUCCCUCCUCUCAGACAUGGAGGGCGCCCUGCGUGACCCACCAUCCUCCACGUGGAGCUCCGCCAGUCACAGCCGAGCCAUGGAGCUCCUGUCUCAUACCCUGCAUGCGGUGGCAGCUGCUCUUCACUCGGACCCUGUCAACAGCAACUUCUUCCACAAGAAUGGCCUCUUUGAGGAGCUGGCCGAAGGCCUGGCCUUGCUAGGCUGCUUCGCAGUGCGGAAGGGGAGGCCGACCCUCACAGGGCUUAACAAGACCAGAUCAUUUGUCGAAUUUUGGAAAGCAUCCAUUGGCUCUGCACAGCUUUUCCCUACCUGCCUAAAAUGCUGCAUAUGGAUAUACAGGUUCCUUGAUCGGAUGGCCACGGGAAGUCUCUUCCACCUCCAGAGCUGCCCAAUGAAGAUGGAGCCAACCCCAGCAGGCAUUCUGUUGACUGUUGAAAAUCACCAAGAAGAAACUGAAGACACCAGCAAGCAGGGGGACAGUAAGGAAAUGGCUGACUGUCAGUGGCUGGAUCCCAACGAAAGGUUGGUGUGCAGGGAGGAGCUAAUUAUACACCCGGGAGCUCUUUGCAUUAUGGUGCGGCUGCUUCCCAAGCUCUACAAUGAUGCUUGUCCACAGUUAUCACAGGAACUCCAGUAUGCAGUGGCCUGUCACAUCCAGUCUUUGCUGAGGGUGGAGAAGAACCGCCAAGUGGCCUGUGGUGCGGGCCUGCUAGACACCAUGGUUUCCUGUUGCCAAGAGGAGCUCCGUGAUGCCCACAGUUCCCUGCACCUCCCUCUCCUCAGACUUUUUGAGAAGCUGGCUUCCCAGUCCAUUGAGCCGAAUGUCUUAAGACAGUUUCUCUGCCUCAGGACCCCGCAGUUGCCUCUGGAGUCUUGGCCUGGUGCAAGCCCAGCCCCGCCUCUUCUGGGACACGAGAUUGGCUCGUUUCAAGAAGGUUCACUGAGCGAUCCCCCAAACUGUCCCCGUUCUCCUCCGGUUUCGAUCACGUCACGGACGUCCGAGAACUCAGCAGCGGCUUGCGAGGCAGCUACGAGUCUGAUUGCGAUGACGGCUCCGCGCAACUUCCAGCCCCAGAACACCUGCCUGGCCCCUUCCUUUGUGGAGUUUGACAUGUCCCUGGAAGGAUACGGUUGUUUAUUUCUCCCCACUUUGGCUACUGUUCUGGGUCCCAAUACUGAACACUCCAUCUCAGGAGGAAUUGGAAAAGGUGGUACUCGGAUGUUCCCGCCGCUGGAUGGCCUGACCUUCUCCUCCUGGUUCCUCAUCAGCAAGAGGGGUUCUGCUCAGGGCGCCCCCCACCCUCUUCGCUUUCUCACGCUGGUGCGGCACAUGGCGCGAACGGAAGAAGAGUUUGUCUGCUUUGCAGUCAGCUUUUCUCCUGAGGACAAUUGCCUGACCGUCUCCACAGAGGAAGUGCCCCUGCAGCCCCUUGACUUCAUGGAACACAUCUGCGGAAGUUCCAGCCAGUCCUCGGUCCUCUCUCAAGUGCAGUUCAGUUGUGCUGGGCUGCUGGUUGAUGGGCAAUGGCAUCACCUUGCAGUAGCUGCGGCAGUGGAAGCGAGGAAGAUGUGCAUCAUUUCAGCCUAUCUAGACGGGCAGCUACUUGGCUCUGCUAAGAUGCAGUAUAUCCAGCUGUUUCCAGGUAGCUUCGCUUCUAUGGAUCCUUCUACCUUUAUUGAUGUCUAUGGCUAUGUGGCUACCCCACAGGUUUGGAAACAGAAGUCUUCCUUGACGUGGCGCCAGGGCCCGAUGCACUUGUUUGAAGAAGCCGUUUCAGUAGAGAUUGUGCAGCAUAUAUUCAGACUGGGUCCAAGAUACUGUAGCAACUUCCAGGCUGUGGAGCUUCAAGGAGAGAGUUCCUGUAGCAAAGUACUGACCGGAGCCUUAGUGGCCCCAGAAAAGAUUUCCUUUGGAAUCCAUGUGAUGAGCUCAAGCUAUUCCACAAUCAGAAGCAUAAGGGACUGCUAUGGAGAGGUGGACGGACGCCUGAUCGCCAAAGAGCUGGAGCUUGCCUCUCGUGACGGCACGACACCAGUUUACCUGGCUCGAAAUAUUGCUGGAAAACUUCCCGGCCCCUUAAGAACUAUUGGAUCUGUUGCUGUGGGACAGCAGGGGACCCGAGUAUUCCAGGCAUGCCCUGCAGCUAUCAGUCUGAACUACAUUGGAGGGCCGACUCUUCUACUCAGCCUGCUCGGGAUGGCUGAAGACGACCGCUCCAUGUAUGCCACCAUCAAAGCCCUCCAGUCUGUACUCAGCAGCAGCACCACGAGCGAAAACCAGAUGAGCCGGAUUGGUGGGUACCAGAUCCUAGCAUAUCUUCUGAAAAGAAAGACCCACCUGUUAAACAGCAGAAUUCUGCAACUGAUCCUCUCCAUCGGGGGCACUGCUGAGACCAGCUUGGGAUCCUUAACCAUCAAGAACCUAGAGGCCUUCCAGUAUGUUCUUUGCGACUUUGAGCUGUGGUGUCAUGGCCCUGAAAAUCUGGAGCUUUCCCUCUUAACUCACCUCACAGAAAUUCUACAACCUUCAAGGAAUGGGUGCUGGAAUGCGGAACUUGCUCAUCAGAUGCAAAUGGUACCCAAACUGUUGCUUCUCUUCGAGGCCAAGAUCUUACCACGCUCCCGAGUUAGCAAGAUCUGUGCUGUCCUCUCUUGUCAGCUCCAGGGCCAUUUCAACAUCCAGGAUACCCUUCGGAUCAGCUUGUUCUUGGUUUACACUUUGAGCCCCUUGUCCGUAGAUGAAAAUAAAAUCUGCCUAGAUGAUGUCCCGGAAUCAUUGGGAGAUGGGCCGCCUUCCUGGCCUGGGGAGGUACCCUUCCACCAGAUCCCCUCCCGCAAGUCCAGCCCCUCGCUAUCACAGCAUUCCUCUGGGGGCACCGGCUGCUUCCUGCCCUCCUUCAGUGCCCCCUCCAAGCCCACCGGGACAGGGGGCGGGGUCGCCUUGGCGCGAGUCUGGCUCCAGGUCGAUACCGCCAAACUCAGCUGGGCGGGGGAGAACAUGGAACCGUGGGGGGGGGCAGCCCCCGGGUGGGGAAGGCACGACAAGGCAUCCGCCAAAACAUUUGUUUUACCUGGGAAGAAAUGCAACGUGAACUCGAAACGGGAGAAGAAGUUGGCCCAGCGGAGUUGCUUGGUGGACAACUUCCCCGUACAGCCACCCCAUAGCCUUGUCCGAGGCAUCCACAUGAACAACGAAGGGACGCGAGGGGGCCGGGGCUGCGAACUCACUAGUACAGCGCCAGAUGAACCCCCUGCAGAAGUUUUUGUCCAGGAACUGCCGGAGUGCCGCUGCUUCGGCUGGACUCAUUGGGUAGAGGUGACUCUUAGGCAGCUGGGCUCCUGGUUUCAGCUCGAUUUUACAGUCCGUGCUCUGGUGUGGGGGAAGCCGAUCGCACUCCCCCUUCUCGAAAACCCUAGCCAAGUCCCGGACAAACAGCAGCAAUAUGACCCUUGCUCCCGCAAGACAGGCAAAGUCCAAAUCGCCUGCGCCAGGCAUACUGUGACUCUUCGGGCCCUGUUUCGCUCCUCACAAAGGAACAGGGUUUUGCUGGGGUGCUACUCCGUCUGGUCGGUGCAGAGGGAUCAGAUCAGUAACUUGGCUGACUUUCAUCCUUCCCCAGAUGUUGGUUGGUAUCCAUUAUUAGCAAAUACCAACAAAGACCCAGAUACUACUUUGAGCCAAACACCUGGAAACAGAAUCUGGCUCCGAAACCAGCUGCUGAGGAUGCUGCUGGAUGUCCUGUGCUCCGACCAGCUUCAUCCAUUCGCGCAAAUCCAAGAGGCCGUGUUCCUGGCCCUGGGGCCUGACUGGUUCCUGAUGUUCAUCCAACGUGACGUGCACGUCACCACAGUGGUCCUGGUGGUCAGGCUGCUGCUCCACUUCCUGCACAAUCGCGCCCUCCUGUGCAAAUUCAAGGAGGGGAUGAUGGCCGGCUUGUGGCUGGAGAACAGCUUGAAGGGGCUCAACAUUUUGAUGGACAAUUUAAAGAGCUGUGCCCAGCUACCUGAAUGCAGUCCAUACCUGCUGUAUGGAUUUGUAGAGCUGAAGGCGUCCCUGAGCAACUGUAUCCACAUCCCUGAGGUCUAUUUUCUGCUGUCAGGACUACUUCUGGCCACUCCGGUGUCAGAGCCAGCAGAUGAACCUGAGGCCAAUCUGGAGUCCAUGUUGCAGUGGCUGCUGCGCAACCACACGGCCGAUUCCGUUGCCAAGGUGGGCUUGUGCCCAGAAGCAGCGGUUCUGCUGCUGGAGAUGGCGAAGGCCACAGUGAACAGGGUUCCUGCCGAUGCAAAAGAUUGUUGGGAGCUCAACUGCCUCGGGCACAUUAUGCAGUUCUUCUGUAUGGUCCAUCGCAGAUACUCUCAGGAUCCCCUCUGGUGCAACUCAGACUUCCUGCAGGCCUUGGCGCUGGUCUUUUCCCCCUCUGUGGCGCUCCAGGGCAGUCCUGCCAGGGGCUCAUCUCCCAGCACGCGUCCUCCUCCUUUCACCCUGGACCCUGCCAGGAAGCCGGUGUGGGACUUCACUUGCCGCCUCCUGAUGGAAAUGUUGCUUACAGUCCCAGCACACAGGCAGUGGCACCCCAUGGAGAUGCUUCUCGAGGUCCUGCAGAAGGUGUCUCUCCACAAGGAAACCAGUCUCAGCAUUCUGUAUGAUGGCUUAAACCGAGCCAUUCUCUGGGGCCUGUCCAGCCCCACUUCUGAUCAGCCCAGCCUCCUCAGCCUCCUCCAGACUCUGCAGCAGCAGUGGGUCACCAUCUUUGCAACCCAUAACUCCAGUCCAGGCUUCCUUAUCUGCCUCUUGCAUUGCCUCUCCCAGCUGAGGCGCACAAGUUCUUCAGAUCAGCGUGAAGCAAAGCAGAGGGUGCUGUCUGCUCAACCUAUUUCCCAGGCCCCCCGCCAAGAGGAGCAGAGGACAGGCGGUCUGCCUCUUUCCAAGAAUGUUCAGGAAGAGAUCUGGAAAGCCACUGAAGACAUCUGGAACCAGCUUCUUUCUCAGCGGAGACUGGAGCUGGAGGAUGCAUACAAAAUGGCUCUGGAUGCAGAGAGCGCUGGAAAAGGAGACUGCAAAGAGAUGAAGGGUGACCUGACACCACAGUGGGAAGAGACCAUGGCAAAGGCGUGGCAGCAAUUCUUAGCAUCAGAAAAGAAAAUUCUGCAGAAUAAGGUUCUAGCCCAGACUGCCAGCAAAACACGCCAGUGGAGCGGAGGCUUACCUUCAGCCAUGAAACUAGCAGUCCACAAAAACAUCAAGCAAAUGGGAUGCCACGGACAGCCACGCAGCAGCUCCCUCUCUGCUUCCCAGGUGUGUCGGGAGUCCGGGACGCUAUUCCGCUCUGGCACCGACUAUUUGCCUUGGGAAGACCACCAGCUGAGGGGAGGAGAGAGAAAGAUGGAUUUUGGCCAGCUGACAUUCUUUCCUUCCUUGAAUGAAAGUUAUUCAGAAGAUCUGUUGGAAGUGUGCGUAGAAAGAAGAAUAAUCUUGCAAGAGUUGGCAGAGGAUGAAAAGGUUACAGGUAGAGAAUCCGUGGUGAUUGUCCAGGGCCACGUGGCAGUAGAAGGUGUGCUUCUCUUUGGUCAGAAAUAUUUUUACGUCUGUGAGCACUUCACUUUGUCUCACCUGCAAGAGGUUUACUGCACAAGGCACUGCUUAUCCAGCAUCAGUGAUUCGUUCAUUUAUACCCUAUGCUACAAAGACCAAGCCAUGGGGCAGCAGGUUUGUUCCCGCUACUCGUAUGAUGACAUUAAAGAGAUCCACCCAGUGCGCUUCCUUCUUCAGGAAGUGGCCGUGGAAAUCUUCUUCGAAAAUGGCUACUCUGUCUUCCUGGUAUUCCACAAUGGUGCCCGGAAAAAACCCCUGAAAAGAUUUUGGUCAAAGAAGCCCAGUUUGAAAUCCAAAGGAAUCACAGAAGAGUCCAUUAAUAUAAGAAGAAACACCGGGGGAGAGAAGACCGUGCUCCUGAAGUGGCAGAGGAGGGAGAUCAGCAACUUUGAGUAUCUCAUGUACCUGAACACUCUGGCCGGACGUACCUACAGCGAUCUGAUGCAGUACCCAGUCUUCCCAUGGAUCCUUGCCGACUAUCAUUCCCAGACUUUGGAUCUCACCAAUCCCGCUGUCUUCCGUGACCUGUCCAAGCCCAUGGGGGCACAGAUGGCUGAGAGAAAAGAGAAGUUUAUCCAGCGCUAUAAAGACGUAGAGAAGACCGAAGGCAGCCUCUCAGCCCAGUGCCAUUACUGCACCCACUACUCCUCUGCCAUUAUCGUGGCCUCCUACCUGGUCCGCAUUGAGCCCUUCACCCAGAUCUACUGCUCCCUGCAGGGAGGAGGUUUUGAUGUUGCAGACAGGAUGUUCCACAGCCUGAAGAGUACCUGGGACUCUGCUUCAAGGCAGAACAUGACCGACGUGAGAGAACUCACCCCCGAAUUCUUUUAUCUGCCUGAAUUCUUGACCAACUGCAACCAGUUUGAGUUGGGAAGCUUGCAGGACGGGACCCUGCUGGGGGAUGUUCAGCUGCCGCCCUGGGCAGAAGGAAGCCCUCAGAGAUUCAUUAGCUUGAACAGGCAGGCACUGGAGAGCGAUUAUGUCAGCUGCCACCUUCAUCACUGGAUAGAUCUCAUCUUUGGGCAUAAACAGCACGGCCCGGCAGCAGUGAAGGCAGUCAAUGUCUUCCACCCGUAUUUCUAUGGUGACAAGAUCCACCUGGACAGCAUCAGUGACCCCCUCACCAAAAAUACCAUCUUGGGAUUUGUCAGCAACUUUGGACAAAUCCCAAAGCAGCUCUUUACCAAACCACACCCAGCUCGGAACACCCCAGGAAAGCAUCCACUGGGCAGAGAGAGCCCCCACUCCUCUUUUCCUGCGUCUCCUUCCCUGCUUCCAUUUCUCAGCAGCCUCCAUCACUUGAAAUUCUCUUCAGUUCCUGUCAGAGAUGCACCUCAAGGACCCGUGGGUCAUAUCGUGUGCACCGACAAAGGGGCUUUGGCUGUAGAAAAGAACAAAAUGUUGCUCCCUCCACUGUGGAACACUGUCUUUUGUUGGGGAUUUGAUGACUUCACUUGCUGCCUGGCAGUCUAUGGAUCAGAUAAGAAAUUCGCCACUUUCGAAGCUCCUGCGGACUGGGGAUCGACCCUUGCUGCCGUGUGCCCCAAGCCAACCAUGCUCAUCACCUCCAGCAGCAGCUCUGUGGUGUGCGCCUGGGAACUUUCCAUGACCAGCAAUGGAGGAGCUUGCUUGUGCCUCAAGAAGGCUUUGUACGGACACCAUGGGGCCGUGACUUGCUUGGCUUCCUCAGCCUCCUACGGCAUCGUGGUGAGCGGCUCUGACGACCGGACCGCCAUUAUCUGGGACAUGCACCGGCUGAUUCGCCUCGCCCAGCUUCCUGCGCACCAGGCCUGCCUCUCAGCUGUUGCCGUCAACAAUUCCACGGGGGACGUUGCCUCCUGUGCCGGUCAGGCGCUCUGCCUGUGGAGUAUCAGCGGGAAGCCCCUGGCCAGACUCGAGGUUGCCUGCAGACUUGGCUCCACCCUGUCCUGCUGCUGCUUUAUGGAGGUGAUGGACACUGGCCUGGUUGCCACGGGGGACACUGGGGGCCGUGUGCAGGUCUGGAAGCUUGAAAGCGCGCCCCCUCGGCACCCAGGUGGCUGUACGAACUCCCGGGAAAUCCUGGCACAGGAGGAGGCAGCGGCAAGUGACCAGAUGGAAACCCCGUUUGUUCUCUGCCAAGAGCUGGAUCUCAGCACGACUCCAUCGGAGAGGGUUGGUAAAGCAGCAGCAGCUGUCUCCACCCUGGCCGUCUCCAGGAAUUACUCCAAGCUCUUGGCUGGCGAUGAGAGCGGAAAAAUCUACAGUUGGUCAGUGGAUGAAUGAGAAGGCACAUACUGGGUGGAAAAUGCAGAACCGUUUGGGCACGUGUUGAAAAUAUGGUUUCCAUACCGGAAUCUGGAGAGUCUUAUAAAUGGAAUAU